AUGUCGGUGGGCUCGGCGGUUCAUGAUCGGGUGGUGGCAGCAGGAAGUUCUUCAUCCAGAGUGAUAGUACAUGUGGACCUGGAUUGCUUUUAUGCACAAGUAGAAAUGAUUUCAAAUCCGGAACUAAAGGGCAAACCUUUAGGUGUUCAGCAGAAAUUUUUGGUGGUUACCUGCAACUAUGAAGCUAGGGAACUUGGAGUAAAGAAACUUAUGAAUGUAAGAGAUGCAAAAGAAAAAUGUCCACAGCUGGUGUUAGUUAAUGGCGAAGACUUGACGCGUUACAGAGAGAUAUCGUAUAAGGUUACAGAGUUGCUGGAAGAAUUUAGUCCAGUUGUUGAGAGACUUGGAUUUGAUGAAAAUUUUGUGGAUCUAACAGAGAUGGUUGAGAAGAGACUACAGCAGCUUCCAAGUGAUGACCUUUCAGCGCUGACUGUGUCGGGUCAUGUAUACAAUGAUCAGUCUAUAAACCUGCAUGACGUCUUGCACAUCAGACUUCUUGUUGGAUCUCAGAUUGCAGCAGAGAUGCGGGAAGCCAUGUACAAUCAGCUGGGUCUCACUGGCUGUGCUGGAGUGGCUUCCAACAAAUUACUGGCAAAACUAGUUUCUGGCAUCUUUAAACCAAAUCAACAAACAGUCUUACUACCUGAAAGUUCUCAAGAUCUCAUUCAUAGUCUGAAACACAUAAAGGAAAUGCCUGGUAUUGGCUAUAAAACUGCCAAACGCCUUGAAGCACUGGGUAUCAGUAAUGUGCAUGAUCUUCAAACUGUUUCCUCCAAAAUAUUAGAAAAGGAAUUAGGAAUUCCCAUUGCUCAGCGUAUCCAGAAGCUCAGUUUUGGAGAAGAUAACUCUCCUGUAACACCCUCAGGACCACCUCAGUCCUUUAGUGAAGAAGAGUCACUUAAAAAAUGUUCAUCAGAAGUCGAAGCUAAAAGUAAGAUCCAAGAAUUACUUGCUAGUCUUUUGAACAGAGUAUGCCAAGAUGGAAGGAAGCCACAUACAAUAAGAUUAACAAUCCGUCGGUAUUCAUCUGAGAAGUACUGUAGCCGUGAGAGUCGUCAGUGCUCUAUUCCAUCCCACUUAAUUCAGAAGUUAAGGACAGGAAGUUAUGAUGCGAUGACCCCAAUGGUUGACAUACUUAUGAAACUUUUCCGAAGCAUGGUGAAUGUGAAGAUGCCAUUUCAUCUUACCCUUUUAAGUGUGUGCUUCUGCAACCUUAAAUCACUAACUACUACUAAGAAAGGGACUAUUGAUUAUUAUUUAACACCAUCAUCAUCAACAACUUCAUGCUCUGGCAAGCACAGUUUUAAAAUGAAAGAUACUCAUAUGGAGGAUUUUUCCAAAGACAAAAAAACAAAUUGGGAUUUUCUACCAACUGGAAGAAUUGAAAGUCCAAGAACUCUGAAAUCUCCACUAAAUACUACAAAUUUUUCUAAAGAUCAAAAGAAGACACCUCCUGAGGGUAUUGACCAAGAAAUCUUUAAACAGCUUCCAGUAGAUAUUCAAGAAGAAAUCCUGUCUGGAAAAUCUAGAGAAAAAGUUCAAGGAAAAGGAAGUUUGAGUUGUCCAUUACAAGCCUCUAAAGGAAUAUUAUCUUUCUUUUCUACAAAGCAAAUGCAAGAUUGUCCCUUAAAUCCUAGAGAUAAUUUAUCUAAUAGCAAACAGAUAUCCUCAUCAUCUCCCUGUGAACCAGGAACCUCAGGCUUAAAUAACAGUUCCUCUUACCUGUCCAGCCAAAAGGAUUACUCACAUUCUUUAGACCGCAGUUUAAAAGAUGAACGAAUGAGUCCAGCACCUAAAAAAUCUCAAGGAUUCCACUUUUCAAAUACAAACCCCACUGUAUCUGUUUUUCAUUCAUUCCCAAAUUUGCAGAGUGAACAACUUUUCUCCAAAAAUCACACUACAGAUAGCCAUAAGCAACUGACCGCAGCAGCAUCUCAUCACGAAGUACUUGCAGAAAAUGGAGAGCAAGAUUCUACUGCUGAGAAAAUUACUUUUCCUUCGGAUGUUGAUCCUAAAGUUUUCUAUGAACUUCCAGAAGAGGUACAAAAAGAACUGUUGGCUGAUUGGAAGAGAAGAGCAGGAUCAGAUUUCCACAAUGUACGUAAAUAA